GGAAGGAUGGAAGGUGCGAUGGAGUUCGAGGGCGACCCCCUGCGGAAUCGUCUGCACGGGGAGGCCCGGGAUCAGCCGCAGCAUCCCUACGGAGUGGCCAGGUUCGUAGAUGCCUCGGCCUGGAUGAACACGAACGUCUCCAGGAUCAGCAGAGAUACUAUACCCAAGUACCGAUCCCCUCCUAGUGCGAAACUCUAUUCCCGGCCGGAGGAUGUUCAACGGAUGGUACCGGCGGCAGUACCGAAUGCCAUGGCGCGGCGAAACGAGCGGGAGAGGAAGCGGGUUCGGCUCGUCAACCACGGCUUCGCCACCCUCAGGCAAUACCUGCCGCAAGGGAACUCAAGGAAGAAGCUGAGCAAAAUGGAGACUCUCCGUUCGGCCAUCGAGUACAUCAAGCAGCUGCAAUACCUGCUGGAUCCGACGCCCGACUAUUCAAGUCAACAGUCUUCCAGUCAAUCCAGCCAUCCACCUGACAAUGCUAGGUGGGCGCCUGUGGGUAGCUGGGAGGAAGCGAUGGGCAGCUGGUCACCAGGGUCGGCUGGGUCCUCUCCGCAAACCAGUCUCAGUCCUGAUGCAGACCUCUUAGAUUUCUCUUCCUUCUCCUAGAUAUUCUUUCGAUUUUUAUAAUCCGUGAAGAUUCUGCCGAAUUAGAAAGCUUUCCUGGAAAGCUAGAUAUAAGAAGUUCCAAGUCACAGCAAAGCACCUCUACCAGCAUCACACAGCACUGCACGAAGACGACUGCCUUUCGGACUUGGAGAGGAUGCUAAAGAAGGAAGAUUUCUCGAUUACCUCUGAUUACCUCAAAGACAAUUCAAACACGGAUCUCCUGUGAACUGUAUAAAAGUAACUUGAGAGGAAGUUACCUUAUAAUCACAUUCGUGGUUGAACAGUUAGUUAACAAAGGAAGUAUAAAUGUGAAAGUUGGCAGCAGAGAUUAUUGUACCAUUGUGCAAAUAUCUAUUAAGUUUUCGCUCGUUAAAACCAGAUGGCGUAAAAAAUAUUAUAAUGUAGUUGACAUCAAAGAUAUUUUUUUAAUAAUCUUUGUAUAAGUAUUAAUUAAUAAAUUUAUGUAUACACUAGUAGCUGUGCUAUUGAAUAUUUUUACAGCAAAUGAAUUUAAUUCAGGCUACAAUGCAAAAUUAUUGAUUACUAUUAUAACGUGUAGUAUUCAAGUAUUCACGCUGUUGUGAAAAGCGAGUGCCUUAAUACUGAUGUUUUUCUAUCGUUAAACUACAUCAAUAAGUUUUUAAAUCUGUUAUUUAAAAAAAUGAUUGUCUUUAUUGACAAAUAUUGGAGACUGAUUUCAAAUUUCCUUAGUUUAAAAAUUUAAUGAAAU